AUGUUGUCCCACAGCAUUUUGCCUCCUGCAUUUAUGGGGGAGCAUACGCACCAGUCAUCGACGAACUCUGCACGACAUCAGACAUUCUCACCUGCCCUCGCAUCUUCACCUGCCCUCACAUCUUCUUCUCACCUGCCCUUGCAUUCUCACCCAACCUCACGUUCACCCGCCCUCACAUUGUCAACCUGCGCUCGCAUCUUUACCCCCCCUUUGCGCAUGGUCACCAUCAGCAUCAUCGAGGAUAUCUCACGUGCACCUGGUGAUCAGAGGGCCCAGUACACAGGCACGUUCAUGAACCUUUUACUCAAGAACCUGCAGAGUGUUACAGUAACAUGGCACGAGUCCCCCGCCAGCAGAGAGCCCUCUGCCAUCCGCACGGCUAUAGACGACACCGGAGCCUCACCAGCUCUAUAG